AUGCCGCCCUCAGAAGACCGCCCAGAUAUCCCCGAUGUUCCCGACCUGACUGGGCAGGUUGAUGACUUCAUGGAUGAGAUGUUUGACUUCCAGAAGUACUUGGAAGAAGACAACAACCCUGAGGAUUUGUUGGUUUCUAAUAAUAGGAACCUACAAAAUUUCAGCUCAUCCUCUGGAUUUCCAUCAAAUAUACAGCUUUCUAGGACUUCGCGUGGACCGGUUUCGAAUCCACCCUCCGAGGUGUUCUCACAACCCCCUUCCAACUCGCCUCGAGGGCACGUCAUGGGAUACGAGCAGAAGCAAGAUGAACACGAAAAGCCUCUUGGUAGUCGACCCAACCAAUAUGAUGCGGCGGCCACGUUCAAUACAACACUCCUCAAUUAUCCAUCUCAAUCGAAGAACCAUUCUUUCACACUUCUCAGCGACGAUAUGAAUGCGGCUGGUGGUGUUACAACUUCUGAUUGUUUAUACUUAAAUGAAGUCAACCAUCUUAGGGAAAUCCAUCGAGAUUACUCCUUCCCUACAAUCGCUGCCCUUGCCGCGGAGAAGAUGACUGAAGGUUUGAUGCUAAUCGGCGUGCGCUGGUUGUGCGUUUGCCCAACUUGUCUGGAUAAUCAAGUCCAAUUUGAUCUCCAUUCAAACGAUCCCACUAAUUCUACUAGAAUUGGGACCAGAAAAUCUGACGCCCGAAGCGCUUCCAUACCACAGUCAUCCACAACACCAUUAACUGGCAUAGAAUAUUUUGACAUGUUGUUCCGACAAAAUGAUACACCGAGAGUAAACCAUACACAUGACGACUAUCCAAAGUACGAUGGUGGUCUUUUUGACCCUCAUUUAGGCGAUGAGGUGAAGAAAGCUUCGCAUCAGAACAAUGAAGACGACUAG